AUGACCUUGAUGCAAUCGAUAAAUAAUUUUUUUACGAAUGCUCAACAACAAAUAACUUCACUCUAUGGUUUUCAAGAUGCUCUACUCUUUCAACCAAAUGAACCAGAUACAGCACGAACAAUUGUUCAAACACCUGACGUAUUUCAUAUGCCAUAUGAAACGAUAACAAUUGAAACACCUGACAAUGAAAAAUUACACGGAUUUCUAAUCAAACAAAUCAAUCGAACAAAUGAACGUGAAACAUUAAUAUUUUUUCAUGGAAAUGCAGGAAAUAUUGGACACCGUUUACAAAAUGCUCAUCUUUUAUAUCGUGCAUGCAAUAUCAAUAUUCUCCUCUUCGAUUAUCGUGGAUAUGGAAAAUCUACUGGUGCACCAUCUGAAACAGGUCUUUAUACAGACGCCUUAGCUGUUCAUGAUUAUGUACGUAAACGUAAUGAUCUUAAUCAAGAAAAAAUAUUUCUAUUUGGUCGAUCACUUGGUGGUGCUGUAGCAUUGCAUCUUGCAUCUCAUCUAGCUCAAAUAAAUGCAACACCACCAUUACAUAGUGUUAUUGUUGAAAAUACUUUUACAUCAAUUCCUGAUAUGGCUAAAAGACUAUUUGCAGUUGCUGUACUCGAUUAUGUACCUAAUUGGUGCUAUAAAAAUCUAUUUCCCUCACUAACAAAAAUUCGUCAUAUUAAAUGUCCUGUACUCUUUCUAUCCGGCGGACAAGAUGAAUUAGUACCUCCACCAAUGAUGGAAAAAUUACACGAGGAAUGUAAAAGUUCAAAAAAGCAAUUGGUUAUAUUUCCCGAUGGUCAGCAUAAUACAACAUGGCUUUCGCAUGAUUAUACAGCUCAAAUACGAAAAUUUCUUACGGAGUGCUCUGCACUACCAUCUGAGCCGACAGCAUCAAACUUGAAUUGA